AUGCCUCGAAAUAGUCACAAUUUUUAUAUCAUUGACACCGUUGUAAUAUCAUUUUUCUUUUCUUUUUUCCCCAAAAAAAAAAAGAUCUCUCUGCACUUUUUUCCCCAUUUUACAGUAAUAACUUGUCCGUUUUUUACUCUAUUUUUCUGUUUUUUCCACCCUUUUUCCCAAAAUAAUUGCCCCAAUUUUACGGUUUUCAUCACUUCAAUGUUUUAUUUUUUCCUUUGUACGCGCGCGCGCACGCUUUUGAAAGAAUUGUUCCAUUUUUAG